AUGCCCUCGGUGCCCUACGCCAUCCGGCAGCUGACGGCUAGGGACAGCCCACAGGUGGUGGACUUCCUGCGUCGGUUCUUCCUGAGGGACGAGCCGCUCAACGCAGCCAUGGGUAUCAUGGCCAACGGGCGACAGUCCUGCCCAGAGCAAGAGCGCUUCCUUCUCAAGCCUCUGUCCCAAGGUGUUUCUUUGCAAGCAGUCGAUACCAUGAGUGGCAAGAUUAUGGGAGUCAUCAUAAAGCACAUACACCAACCUGGACAUGAAGGGGAGGCUGUCAGAGAGGUUGAGACUUGUCAAGAUCCAGCCUUCCGUGAGAUCCUGCGGUUCACCACCUCUGUUGAUCUCCAGGUGUCUGAGAAAUUGCGUGCCCUGUUCCCUGAUGUACACCUUCACCGGUUGGAGAUUGUAGCUGGGUCUGUCGACCCAGCUGCCAGGAAUUGUGGAAUUGGCAUUGCCCUCGUCGAGCACACCAAGUCAGUAUCUAACAUCUCCAUCAACAUCCUGUGCUGA